GAUCAAUAUACAGGACUGUGUGGCUGUGGCGUCAUGUCGUUGCUGAGAUUGGGAUCUUGAGGUGCCAUGGGGUGGAGUUGGCAGGACUGGCUGGUGGCGACGCUUGCGUUGUUUGCGGCGACAGUGUUGGCAGCAGUGGAUGAUGACGUUCUGCACAUCGGCGGGAUCUUCCCCAUCGCAGGCCAGGGUGGUUGGCAGGGUGGCCAGGCCUGCGAACCGGCAGCCAACCUGGCGCUAGAAGACGUCAACAAGCAGAAGGAUUUACUGCCAGGGUUCACUCUCAAACUGCACUGGAACGACAGUGAGUGUGACCCAGGCCUGGGAGCUUCUGUCAUGUACAACCUGCUGUACAACAAGCCCCAGAAGUUGAUGUUGCUCGCGGGCUGCAGCACGACCUGCACCACUGUCGCUGAGGCGGCCAAGAUGUGGAACCUCGUUGUGUUGUGUUACGGUGCCAGCUCUCCGGCUCUGUCAGACCGCAACAGGUUCCCGACUCUGUUCCGCACUCACCCGUCCGCCACCGUGCACAACCCCACACGCAUCAAACUGAUGGAGAAGUUCGGUUGGUCCAGGGUGGCCAUCUUGCAGCAGGCCGAGGAGGUCUUCAUCUCGACCGUGGAAGACUUGGAGGCACGUUGCAAGGAGAGUGGCAUCGAGAUAGUCACCAGACAGAGUUUCCUGAGCGACCCCACAGAUGCCGUGCGGAAUCUUCGGCGGCAAGACGCCCGCAUCAUUGUCGGACUGUUCUACGUGGUUGCGGCAAGACGCGUGCUCUGCGAGAUGUACAAGCAGCAACUCUACGGCAAGUCCUACGUGUGGUUCUUCAUAGGGUGGUAUGAAGACAAUUGGUUUGAAGUAACCCUAGAAAAGGAGCACAUAGAGUGCACCAAGGAGCAGAUGAGACUGGCAGCAGAGGGGCACAUCACUACAGAGGCACUGAUGUGGAACCAGAACAACCAGAGGACAGUUUCUGGCAUGACAUCAGAGGAUUUCCGUGUGCGGCUGAACGAUGUACUGCGCAAAGGUGGCUACGACAUUGACAAUCUCCGCUACCCCGAAGGCUACCAGGAGGCUCCUCUAGCUUACGAUGCCGUCUGGUCGGUGGCUUUAGCUUUCAACAAAACCAUGAGCAGGCUGAACAGGCACGGAAAGUCUCUAAAGAACUUCACUUACACAGACAAGGAGACAGCAGAUGACAUCUACUCUGCCAUCAACUCCACCCAGUUCCUCGGGGUGUCGGGUUAUGUGGCAUUCAGCUCACAGGGUGACCGGAUCGCCCUCACCCAGAUAGAACAAGUGAUCAACGGCACCUAUGUCAAGCUAGGCUACUACGACACUCAAAGUGACAACCUCACUUGGUUCAACAGAGAGAAGUGGAAAGGGGGAAAGGUGCCCCAAGACAGAACUAUUGUCAGGAAAGUCCUGAGGACAAUAUCAGUGCCACUAUUCAUCUGCAUGUGGGCAAUUUCCAGCAUUGGAAUAGUAGCUGCGAUCUGCCUCAUUAUAUUCAACAUUUGCUACAGACACCGGAGAGUGAUCCAAUCAUCUCACCCAGUGUGCAACACCAUCAUGCUGGUGGGAGUCAUCAUCUGCUUGUCCAGUGUGUUCUUGCUGGGGUUGGACGGACAGUUUGUGUCACCCCAGGUCUACCCUCUAGUGUGCCAGACUCGCGUGUGGUUGUUGUCUAUCGGCUUCACCCUCGCGUACGGCGCAAUGUUCAGCAAAGUCUGGCGCGUCCACCGCCUUACCACCAAGGCCAAGGCAGACACACUGAAAAAGAUCGAGCCGUGGAAGCUGUAUACGAUGGUGACAGGUCUGCUGGUGGUGGAUUUUGUGCUGCUAGCAGCAUGGCAGGUGUACGACCCCCUGCAGCGCAGGAUAGAAGUGUUUCCUCUGGAGGAUCCAAUCAGCACAGAUGACGAUAUCAAGAUUCGUCCAGAACUAGAGCACUGCGAGAGUGACAACAACAACGUCUGGCUUGGACUCGUGUACGGUUACAAGGGCCUGGUCCUGGUGUUUGGUCUGUUCCUGGCGUACGAGACGCGCAGUAUCAAGGUAAAGCAGAUCAACGACAGUCGCUACGUCGGAAUGUCCAUCUACAACGUGGUGGUUCUCUGCCUCAUCACUGCCCCAGUCACUAUGGUGAUCGCCUCUCAGCAAGAUGCCAGCUUCGCAUUUGUCGCUCUUGCACUAAUCUUCUGCUGCUUCCUCUCCAUGGCUCUUAUUUUUGUCCCCAAGGUGAUUGAGAUAAUUCGCCAUCCCAGGGACAAGGCAGAAUCCAAGUACAACCCGGACGUCGGUGUCUCCAAGGAGGACGAAGACAGAUAUCAGAAACUACUCAUCGAGAAUGAUGAGCUGCAGAAGCUCAUAUCACAGAAAGAGGAGAAGAUCCGGCUGUUGAAGCAGCGGCUGGCAGAGAAGGACUCCACCAAGGGUGGGGGAGGAGGGGGGAGCCUCCCCACAGAUCAGACAGCUGGCUUACUCAUGGUAAACAAAGAUACAUUGAUAGUCGCAGACUUUAUCACAGAUGCUGGCACGUCUGAUUCCGCGUUUGGUGGUGGUGUCUCUGUCUACACUCGCUCAUCGCGUGCCAGCGCCUCCGACUUUGAGUUCUCUGAGUCUUAUCUGUAAUCCUCUCUAACGUUGCAUUCUCUGAAUUCUCUAAACCUUUAGGCAGGAAACGUAUCUUCUUUUAAACUCAAAUUAAAAUUGGUGUUCAACGUUUAAUAACGUAUAAACAUUGUCAGAUAUUCAAUUCAAACUGCAGUAUGCCAAGGUGAAAAUUCAAAAGCAGUACAUUCUCGUACUUAAAGUAUACCACAACUACUACAAAUAUAAUUAUUUUCAUAGAAAAUUUUUAAUACAAUGUAAUAAAAUAGGGUCAGUAUAUGAUUCAGGACAGAUAGAGGAAAAUUUGUUAAAUCGAUACAAAACAUAUUUAAUUUAACAAAUCUUUGUCUUAAAAUUAAUCUUUGUUAAGUGCACACACCUAAGAACUAAAUUAUUUGACUUUAACUACACAAGCUCUCGUUUCUAAAUGCUGUCAAUCAAUAAAUGUUAUUGCCAUAAUUAGGAAACAUAUUAACAGUUUAUAUCACAGCAAUGUUGUGUCUCAUGAAGACCUUGUGUUUCUGCAAAACUGUUAUAAAUCAGUCUAUAUUGAAAAAUACUCUUCACAUAAAAGAAAAGCAGAUGGGGAAUCACUGAAACUGUAGUAGUCAGGAGAGAAUUGAUAAAAAUCUCGAAGUCUAACCCCAAAGUCAACCAUAUUUUUUCUACUGAAACCUCUGUUUGUGAUUAAAGAAAUGUAGCUCAAUUUAUACAAGAGUUAUAAAUCAAACAAUUGCCACUUUUGACUAACUAAGAGGUAUUCCAACAUAUUUAGAAAGUAGGUACUAAUUAAGAAAGUUACACAAUUGUUGCCCUGGGAGCAUUUUAAAGAAAAAAGAUUCAGAAAUGGAUGAAAAUAUCAGAAAAUCUUUUUAUGGCGUAAAUGUUUUCUUUAAAUAAAUUAGUUACUUGUAAAUUUUAUAUGUUCUUUUUAACUUUGGUUGACACAGAAUCAUACGUGAUAUUUUGGAGCUGGUAAAUAUAGACCAUGAAUAUAUAUUUUCAUUGUAAAAAACACUCAUUGUAUGAAUUCCAGUGCAAAAUUUCCGUGCCAUUCUAUUGCAAAAAUUUAGUUUUAGGGAAAAUUUCACUGUAACUUUAUUUUUGACAUGUCUUCUAAUUUUCAAUAUUUCUUACAUAAAAAAUGGUCUUUAAAAAUAUGUUUUUAAAAUGCUAAUUUCUUAAAUCUGAAACCAAUUAAAAAAAAAACAAACCGUGAAUUCUGAUUUUCAACCAAUAUAAUGGACAUGUAAUUCUUUCCUAUAUUUGUACAGUAACGAGCAGAAAAAGUAAACACAUGUAAAUUUUCAUUUACUUUUCAGGUAAAAUAUUCUUACCGCCAACCAGAUUGAUAUUCAAAUAAAGUUAUAAGGGUUAAAGACUAAAAACUUUCAGUUUUAUUUACCUCCAGUCAUAAAAUCUUCAAAUCCAGAAAGUGGCACUUGUUUAUAAAUUGUCUGCUUGCAAAGUUUGAUCUAUUUUACUUUAGUACCAUUUCAUUGUGGGCAAAAACAAUUUCUUAUUCCAUAAUAAAUACAUGGAAACAAGUUUAACUUCCAAAAGUACCCAUACAAUUCUAAAAAUCGUCCUAAUUUGAUUUUUUCACCGUUAUGACCCAUAGAACAAACUGUAACCCAAAUUCCAUGUGAAUAAAUCAACUAAAUACAUUAUCUCCCACGUUUACAAAUAUUCUAAUUAUUCUAGUCCAGAAGGAGAGAGCCAAAUUGGAUAUGUGGAAAGGUUGGACACCCUUUUACCAACAACUUUUUGUGAAAUCAAAUAAAGAAAACUGUCUUCACUCUUUAUAAUUUCGAUGGGGUUCAAAACGAGAGAGUAACAUAAGGGUACGAAUUAUCAAAUGACAAAACUUUUAAAUGUCGUAGUUUUCUUUUUUGAUGCACUGAAAGCCAAUCGUUAGACAUGUACAUAAAUGUUUCCAUAAUUAAGACAGAUUAUUGGACAAAAAAAUUUAGUUUCACACCCUUUAUCUCAUUACCUUACAACUAACUACAUCUGACUGUUUUAAUAUCAAACUAAAAAAUAUUAUAUGGAAAAAAUACUAUUUGGUACUUUUAACCUUUUCGAUAUCAUCCCUUUCAACUUGAAGCAAAAUUAGUAUAGUUAGCAAUCAAUUUCUUUAUUUAGGAGAAACUUCUCCACCAAUGUCACAAAAACUAAAUUGUGCCCUCGUAUGAUUGGCUUUCAGCUUGCAAACUGUUGCUAACUCUCAUGUGUUUAAAUUUUAAUAUGACAGUUUUGCAGAAUCCAAGAACCAUCUUUAUGAAACAUGCAGUAGGAACAUGUAGUGCAUGUUUCUUGAGGAAGCGAGUUUGUCGUUACGUAAAAGCUGUACCUAAGGUCAAAGACUGGUAUUGAAUUGUAUUUUAUGUUCUCGAUUUUAAAAACGUAAAAUAUUUCAUAAAACUCUACAGGACUGACAAACAAAGCAGAGAAUAGUAGAUUU